AAUCAAAAUGCUUCCCGAGGAAAAUGGCUAAUAGAGCUAGAGGGCCUUAUAAACAAUACGAAAUAGAUACAACUAUCAGGAUUCCGAAAUCUACGUUGUGCGACAGACGUAAAAGGCGUAUUGCUGAGGUUGAUAAUGCUGAAAACGAUUGUCCUAAUCGACCUAUAGACGAAGUUGAAAUUGAAUCAGAUAAUGGCUAUGUUCACUUUCAGGAUCAGAACGACGUUCCUGAUUCAGAUAGUGCAGAAAGCCAGCCUGAGAAUGAGGAAUCUGUUAAUGAUGAAGAAGCGAUACCUGAUAAGGGUGGCCAGAGAAACAUUCCUCUCUAUGCAGGAGCAAGUGUUACAACCAAACAAUGUCUCCUUCUGAUCCUUUCCUAUAUGGUUCGGCAUAGUCUUACAAAGGAGGCUCUGGCAGAUCUGUUGUUGCUUUUAAAUGUUCUCCUUCCUCAUGUUAUACCUACUACACUAUAUAAGUUCUUCAAGGCAGUUGGAGCUGGAAAUAUUGAGACACAGAUACAUUUUUAUUGCCCAUCAUGUUUGUUCUACUUGGGCAAAGACGUUACAGAAGGGCACUGCGAAUCAUGCCAACAAAGAUUCAGUGCUAAAGAAUGUGAAGAAAAUGGAAAUUAUUUCUUGUAUUUGCCAUUGGAAGAUCAGCUGAAGGGCCUGCUUUCGGACGAAAAGUUAAGUAUGUAUUUGACCAAUCGUAACAUUCCUACUGUGGGGAGAAGUAGUGUUAUUUCAGACGUGACAUCGGCCAGGUUAUACCAGGAACUUGUAGACAAUCAUAACCUUUCCAACAAUGACCUGACUUUAACAUGGAACACGGAUGGAAUUCCAGUUUUCGAGUCAUCGCGCUACUCAAUUUGGCCAAUCCAAAGCUCAGUAAAUGAACUACCUCCGCAUUUGCGAGGAAAGCACGUGUUGCUGAAUGGCCUCUGGUUCGGGAACCAGAAACCUGCAAUGAACACAUUCCUGAAGCCAUUCGUUGAAGACUGCAAGAAUCUUGAGACCAAUGGAUUCCUAAAUCAAGAUGAGCUGCAGCCAAGAAAAGUUUAUGCGAUGGUUCUUUCGGCCGAUUCACCUGCAAGAGCUAUUGUAAAGAAUUGCAAGCAAUUUAAUGGAGAUUCUGGCUGUGAUUGGUGCGAGUUUCCCGGUGAGACCAUCGCAAAUGCUCAUCCUCCAACACGUUAUUAUCCUUACAGAGGCCCACCAAAGAAAAGAACUAAAAGAAAGCAAAUGCGGUAUACUCUACAAUCUAUUGAGGAAAACGUGGUCGUAAAGGGUGUAAAAGGACCAUCUGUAAUUGGAAUUCUUCCAACGUUUAAUCCAGUCAGAGGCGUAGCUGUUGACUACAUGCACUGUGUCUGCCUAGGUGUCAUGCGACAGUUCCUCAACCUGUGGAUGGACAGCAAACAAAACGAUCAGCUUUACUACAUUGGCCGACGCGAGGCAGAAAUCGAUGAACGGUUACUGGCCAUCAAUGCUCCUAGUGAAAUUAGCCGUGCCCCAAGGUCCAUUACAGAUCGACCCCACUGGAAAGCGUCGGAGUGGAGAGCUUUCAUAUUCUAUAGCCUCGUUGUACUUCAUGGUAUACUUCCACAUGUAUUCCUGAAGCAUCUCUUCCUCUUCGUCUAUGGUGUGUACUGCCUCCUCGGAGAUUCAAUUGACGAGCACACCAUUUCUUCUGCAGAAGUCAGUUUAACAAAAUUUGUCAUUGAGACGGAAGAAUUGUAUGGUUUGAAACGUUGUUCAUUCAACGUACACCAGUUGGUACAUCUUGCCCAGUCAGUGAGGGAUUGUGGUCCUCUUUGGUCGUCUUCAACCUUUGUGUUUGAAUCAAACAACCAUCUGUUGCAUAAGAUGUUUCAUGGAACGCAACACGUCCCAAAACAAAUAGUGGAAACAUUUCGUAGAGGAAGAAAAAUUGCCGAAUUGUCUAAGGAGUGCAUUGAUGGGGAAACGAGUCCAGCUGUCAUCAGCAUGUAUCGGAAGCUAGGGGGUGAAAGAUCGAUUGGAAAUGAAGAAAUUCUUUUAGAAGGAGUUCGUGGCAUUGGUAAAGAAUGUCCCGUGGAAAUCACCGCAUCACAAGUACUUGCAAUUGAACGGUUGUUAGAUUUGACACUUACAAAACGAUGCGGAUUUAUCUACUCUAGAUUUGUUGCAAAUCAUCAGCUAUACUCUACUAUAGAUUAUGUUAGAUCAAAGAAGCAUGUCAAUUGCAAUGUCUUUGUUGAACAUGAUCAAUUUAUGUAUGGUAGAAUCAUAGGACUUCUAUCCAUUAAGCCAGAAUGUACCUGUAACCUAGUUGAGUUGCAAUACUGUGAUUGCAAGUCAUACAGUAUAGUCUUAAUUCAGCCACUGGCUGUUUGUGCUAGACCAUUAUUCAAAGAUGCUGAUUUUGGUGUGAAGAGUAACUUCUUAGUGGAGGUGGAACAAGCUGGAAUGCAAAUGGCGAUCCACCCAGAACAGAUAAAGAGAAAAUGUAUUUCGUUGACUCUUGGGGUCAAAGAGUACUUUUGCCCACUUCCAUUCCAUAUUAAUGACAAUUAAGUUCAA